UUUCCCGAGCUGUCUAAUUAAAUUUGUAAUUUAAAAAUGGAAAAAACAACUCCAAUCGUGGCUGCAGCAGCUGGUUCAGUUAGAAAAAAGAUGGCAAAUCGUAUAGGUCGUGGAGUACCAGAAGUAACUGACGCUUAUUCUAAAAAAUGUUCAUGUAACAGAGAGAAGGCAACUGUGUUUUGUCGUUCUUGUGGUUUCUAUUGCAACGGACGUAUUCGAUUGAAAUGCCAGCAACAUCCUCGAGUGACCUUUCUGUUAGACAUUUCAGAAUGUCCAAAAUGCCAUUCAUCUGUAUUCCUGGAUGAAUAUAAAACAGGACAAUCUUAACUGCAACAAGUUUCUAUAACCAUUUCUUAUGUACUUAAUUUUUGAUAAAGACACAUCUAUAUUAUAGUUACAAUAUUUUUUGUGUAGUCCGUUAAUUUAUAUUAGUUUAGAUCAGUGGUCGGCAACCUUGUCAAUCAAAAGAGCCAACUAAGUAUAGAUAACAAAUAAUUGAAAUUUAUUCAAAGCGCAAUUUUUUUAACAUAACAAUAUAUUUUUAUAGUCUUGAGCUUAAAAAAGUUUACUUGGCAAUUUGUUUACAUCUUACAAGGCAAUAUCUUAAAGAUAAUUAGUAAUAUGUAGUGCUUAAACAUUUCGCACAGAACCACAUGUUAUUGACCACUGGUUUACACCAAAAACAAAUCAUUCCAACAAAGUUUUAAUUAUAGUAUAGAUAAUUAAAAUUAAUGAUGGGUAAUUUUAGUUUUGGUCAUUUAAAAUUGAGUUUUAAAUGGCCAAAACAUUAUUUAGAUCUUUAGUUCAGAGUUUUUUCUGUGAAUGUAUAUUAUAUUUAAAACAAAGUUUUUGUUAAAAAACUUUUUUGUUUUAGAUCAGUAUAGAUCAUAAUAAAUGUUCAUUGUUUGUGAAAUAAUAACUUUAACAAAAAAUAAUGAGUAAUUUUGUUAAAGUAGAACUUUAUUAUCUUUUUAAGAGCUCAUACUUUAGUUCAAGAGACUGACUCGUGGUGUAGUAGUUAGAGCCCCCGACUCGCACUGAGGAUUGUGGAUUCUGUUUCCACAUUGUACAACCAUUCUUGUGAUGAACAGGUUUGUUUGCUUUCUCUAGUUGUUUAUGAUCUAUAAACAUAGGGAAUC